AACCAUGCUGAAUGCCUUACCAUUCAACUAAAGACCAAGCUCUGUAGUCAAGAGGUAAGUACGGGUCUCAUGCUGAUGUCAGUGUUAUUAAAUGAUCAGCCGCUAGGAGGAGAUUAAUUGCAGAGCCCCUGGCUGGGUGUGUCUGUGUGGUUCUCAGUCUCUGGUUCAUUGCAGUGCCCCUGACUGGGUGUGUCUGUAUGGUUCUCACAGUCUCUGGUUCAUUGCAGUGUCCCUGGCUGGGUGUGUCUUUGUGGUUCUCAGUCUGGUUCAUUGCAGUGCCCCUGGCUGGGUGUGCCUGUGUGGUUCUCACAAUCUCUGGUUCAUUGCAGUGCCCCUGGCUGGGUGUGCCUGUGUGGUUCUCACAGUCUCUGGUUCAUUGCAGUGCCCCUGGCUGGGUGUGUCGGUGUGGUUCUUACAGUCUCUGGUGUUCCUUGGUGCAGGUGAUGGACAGCUCCAUGCCGCUGAUUGGAGAGCAUGUGGAGGAGGAUCGACUGCUCAUAGCAGACCUGGUUAUAACUAAAAUGACUCAGCUUGUCACAGCAACCCACUCGCCUCAGCCACCUCUUGCAUCUUCACAGAUUCAGCCCCAGCCAAUGAAGGCCCAAACCCAGCCUCAGCCUGGUCCUGGAGCCCAGCCCAAGCCAGCUUCUCAAGGUGGCCCUUGUCCAGCGACGGGGCCCCAGGGGUCUCAGCUCCAGAACCCCCAGCAGCAGAGUGCCUCCCAACCACAGAAAUCACCGGGACCCCCCCAGCAAGCCAGGUCUGCCAGCACCUCCCCCAACCAGGCCUUCAAGCCGGGCACUUUCCCACCGCAGCAGCCCAGGAAUGCUACACAGGGGCAGCCAGGACCCGGCACAGCUCAGAGACAAACCCCACAGUUAAAUAAGUCUCAGUCUCUGACGAAUUCCUUCAGUGUCUCCGAAACGCCCCAGCGUGGGAAUGGGAUCGAGGAUGAGGCCAAGGCAGAGACCAUCCGCAGCCUGAGGCAGUCCUUCGCCAGCCUCUUCUCCGAUUAACUCACCCCCUCCCCGAGGAACCCUUGAGAGAGCCGCAGAGCUGGGAACCUCCCGACACCCAACAGGAGGCAGCGAUUCACUGCGUCCCUCGAUUUGAAGCUGCUUCUCAACGCAAACUGGGGUCCACACUCAGCAGAGUCUUGUGGGGCACUGGAAGGGAUCUGAAUUCACUAAAGCAUUUGCUCUUAGGGAAACUUUUCUCUACCCGUUUGUUAAUAAAGAACUUGAUAAUGUUACAAAACUGAUAGAUAUAUACUUGAAUUACAGGAGAUAUAACCCUUUAAGGUACACAAGGAAUUGAACGGUUGCUCAAACGGUUUCUUCUUAAAUACAUUUGAGAGCGACUCAAGUAUCACGAUGAGGAAGUUGACAAUUUGGACAGAUCGAACCAGGCAGUACAUUUUUAACCCUGUUUCGUGCACCUCAUUGCAUAAAUAAUAAAGUUAGCAUCAUUUUAUUUGUGGGACACAUGCAGUAUGUCCCUUGUACCUUCAAGGGCUAACCCUGCUACAACCCCUUCAGUCCCUGUGUCUAUAAUUGCACCAUGCUGACUUUCCUAUCUGUGCUAAACUUUAUAAUGCAUACUGUACAUGUUGGCAAGGCAAUUUAUUAUCAUUCUAGAAAUUCAAUAACAAAAUUGUGUCGGAAGGGGAAAUAAUAAUAAUAAUAAUAAAAAUACAGUCCAGGUUUACAAGUUUUUGGGUGGCAGUGUUAAGAUUUGCCGCUGUUUGAGAUCAUUAAAAUAGACCCCUGCCUGUUAAUUUAACCUAAUACGUUGUUUUGUAACAUUAGCAGGUUUUUGUUCUUUCUGUUUUUUAUGAAACGCUGGUGGAUUUCACUCCUGGUCCCUGCUUUUAACAUUCACUUCUUUCAUGAAGGAGCUGUUUUAUUUCUAUGUAUUUUUUUGUUCACUGUGCACUUUGCUAAACUAUUUGAAUGUUACACUAAUUAUUUCUUUAUGAAACUCUUGCUAGGCGUCUUUAACAAUUUUUUUUUAAUCCACC